AUGCCACCGGAUCGAGGCCGUGCCUCGCGGGCAUGUACUUCGUGCAGGAAGCAAAAGACCAGAUGUUACGAGCCCGGAAUACCUGGGCGAGCCUGUCUUCGCUGUGAUCGACUCCGUCAAAAUUGUUCGCUUGUCCAAAUUGAUGCGUCGGAUGAGGAAUCGAUAGUGCCUGCUUCUGGUACGGAUGCUCGAUUGGAACGUCUGGAAAGGUCUGUGGCUGCCCUGCUCGAUCGACUUGGAGAGGGCCCUCCAAGAACUCCAGGCCAUGAGACUAGCAGACCUUCCACCGCACAGACAAACCCGUCUGAUGCGCCGUACGAAGAGACGGAAUCUUCCGCGGCUCCGAUCAUGGUCAUUCGCGAUCUGGCAACGGAUCCCGGCCCUAAACAAUCUUCCGACAUCCGGUCAAUGAGUGCAAAUUUGGAUGAUCUUAUUGCGCCUGAUCUUGCACUUGCGCUGAUUACUAUUUUCCUCGAGUAUUACGGUCGGUGGGUUCUUUUUGACCCUGAAUGCGAGCCAACUGAGCUUCUGCGCCGCGUUAAAAAAUCACCGCUUUUGUUUUGUGCUUGCUCUUUGAUUGCUGUGCGGCAUACUUCCGAGGACCUCGCUGCGAGUCUUGCACCUAAGCUUUACGAACAUGCCCGCUCCCUGGCCUCGACCACACUUUUGCUCGCCCCACAGUCAAUUGAGUUCUUUCAAGCGGCCUUGAUUCUCUCAAUGUGGUCGACGACAGUUGGCCAAGUCCCCUUGAGUAUUGAUAGCUGGCUUUUAAGCGGAUUUGCUCUGCAACAUUCACAGUCAAGUCCGCUAUUUACGGUAGUCACAACCCAGUCCCAUCCCCCAAAUAGGUUGGACGAAGCAACUAUGGACCGUUGCUAUCUAUGGAAUCAUCUCUGUCUGGCUCACAUGCAUUACUGUGUUGGCACAAGUCGUCGAUCAAUGUUACAGCCCUGGCAGAUUGAAAGAUGCCGCGCUGUUAUUGAUUCCGACCACGCGAUUAAUUUUGAAGUUCGCAUGGUUGCUGAGAUUUAUCUCUACUGGACCGUCUACGAACACUUGAUACAGGAGUCAGUCGACUUACUGAAAUCAGUGGCAGCUUUGCAAGCAUGGAAACGAAAAUGGGAAUUCGUUCUUGAUCAACCAAGAUCUCAAUUCUUGUCCAUGGGCUUCCACUUCUCCCACCUCCUUUUAUACGAACAUGCUCUCAAAUCCAAAUCCGCCCGAGCCAGAGAAUCAAUCGUGUCAGAAAUGAUCCGCCACUCCACGGCAAUAGUUCAACUAGCCAUGGACACAGUAGACGAGCGAACCCGCCAUUUAACUGACCACAUCUACCACAUGAUAACAUUUGCAGCAAUUGUCAUUUGCCGCCUAUCAACUGGUUACCAAGAACAAGUCGCUUCAACGCAUAGUAUCGAUCAGCUGGAUUCUUUAGUCCAUGAUCUCGUUCAAUGGCUAUACUGCAUUGGACUGCCCUGUCAUGCAGCACAUACUCUAGGCAAUAUCAUUGCCAAGGUUCAUCAGAAGCUCAGACCUCGAGUAGAGGCAUCGACACCGGAUGCACCGCCUGACGAUAUAUCGGGUGACUUUAAUAAUUACUAUUUCCCCGAGUUUCUUGGGUUGGGGAUGUCUGCGGAUGGGAAUUGGGAUCUUCUUUCUAAUAUGGAGCUGUUUCAGCAGAGUUCAGAGAGUUCCAGACGGCCUGAUUGA